UCAGGUGAAGCCAAUUCCAUUUGAAAUUACUUUUAUUCAACGUUAUUAAAGUUUGUCUUUUUGAUAUAUUUUAUUAAAUCUCACUUUUUUACUGUAAGUCUGUUUAUCAGUUGAAAAAAUGACCGAACAUCAAUCAGCGUUACUUUUAAGAAAACAAUUAAACGAUUUGAAAAAAAAUCCAGUCGAAGGAUUCUCUGCUGGAUUGGCUGAUGAUUCCGAUAUUUAUUUAUGGGAAGUGCUCAUCAUAGGACCACCAGAUACUCUAUACGAGGGUGGAUUUUUCAAAUGUCACUUAUGCUUCCCUAAAGAUUAUCCACUUAGGCCUCCGAAGAUGAAGUUUCUAACAGAUAUUUGGCAUCCAAAUAUUGAUAAAAAUGGAACGGUGUGUAUAUCAAUUUUACACGAACCCGGUGAUGAUAAAUAUGGAUAUGAAAAAGCAUCUGAGCGUUGGUUACCUGUACAUACGGUGGAAACUAUAAUGAUAUCUGUUAUUUCAAUGCUAGCUGAUCCAAAUGAUGAGUCACCUGCUAAUGUUGAUGCUGCUAAAGAAUGGCGAGAAAAUCCAGCUGAAUUCAAAAGGAAGGUAGCUCGUUGUGUUAGGAAAAGCCAAGAAAUGUUAUAACAAAUAACUCGACUCAAAUUUUUCCUUUCGCGUUUCCGCAAUCUUCUCUAUCACUUUCUAUUCUUUUUUCUUUAACUUGAACCCUUCUGCUUUUUCUCCUAUUUCUGUCAAUAUUAUUUCCCUUCAUACCUGUGUAAGAAAUGAAAAUCUUUUUUUAUUCUGGGCACAUUAAGAUUGAAAAGUUGAUGAAUUGUUUUACUCAAUCUCAUUACAAUCAUGUUUAACUCAAACUUCACAUGUUGGCUUGAAAUUCUCUGAGUUCCACAGUGCAGCGAGAUUAAAUAUUGUGUAAAGAAAACUUAAUUAUAUCAACAAUCUACCUCUACCGUAUGGAAGUGAAUGUAUAUGGUGGUCAGCAACUUUAUGCAAUUAUCUCUAUGCUCUUAUGCUACUUUCUAUGGAUUUUUUUUUCAUGUCAAAAUCAAUAAUCUAAAUUCAAGUAUUUAAAUUGCAAAGAAAUUGCGUAAAACGUUUCUUUUAUUGUAAUCCAAAGAAACUCAACCUAAACUGGCAUCAUUGUGAUUAUGAUUCGGAGGAAAUUAAUUAAAGAUUUAAAAAAAUAA